AUUAGUUUCAACUCAGCCGUCUAGUAGAGCCACCGCUGCGAGCUUUGGGACUGAUCGGAUAGGGGCCCUUCUAGCAGUCCGCGUUGCCAGCGCUGCUGUGCGUGCUUUUGGUGGUGGUAUUUCGAGGUAGUAGCAGCGGAGGAACUCUGGCGGUAAAGCGUUAGGCCUGGUGAGACCGGGAGGUGGAGCAGACUCUGCGGUGAUAUUUGCAGUAUUUACGAUAGUUUUUACGCUAAUAUAGUUUGUCCCUCCCAAGUUCACCAUGGCCGACAGAGAGGAUAACGUUUAUAAAGCGAAGUUAGCGGAGCAGGCCGAACGAUAUGAUGAAAUGGUGGAUGCCAUGAAACGAGUGGCAUCUCUGGAUUUGGAGCUCACAGUCGAAGAACGGAAUCUACUAUCAGUGGCCUACAAGAAUGUGAUUGGCGCACGACGAGCCUCCUGGCGCAUAAUCAGCUCAAUUGAGCAAAAGGAGGAAAAUAAAGGCUCUGAAAGCAGGCUUGACAUGAUCCGUCAGUAUCGGAUACAGGUGGAAGGUGAGCUGCGGGAAAUUUGCCAGGACAUCUUGGAUGUGCUGGAUAAACAUCUCAUUCCCACAGCCUCUACUGGAGAGUCUAAGGUGUUCUACUACAAGAUGAAGGGGGACUACCACCGAUACCUAGCCGAGUUUGCCACAGGCAACGACCGCAAGGAAGCGGCGGAGAACAGCCUGGUGGCCUACAAGGCAGCGAGCGACAUUGCCAUGACCGAGCUGCCUCCAACACACCCCAUCCGGCUGGGCCUGGCCCUCAACUUCUCUGUUUUCUACUACGAGAUCUUGAACUCGCCUGACCGCGCUUGUCGGUUGGCAAAGGCUGCUUUUGACGAUGCCAUAGCAGAGCUGGACACGCUGAGUGAAGAGAGCUACAAGGAUUCCACCCUCAUUAUGCAACUGCUCAGGGACAACCUGACGUUGUGGACAUCAGACAUGCAGCACGAUGGUGAAGGGGAACAGAAAGAACAGGUUCAAGAUGUAGAGGACCAGGACGUUUCCUAAGGAGUGGUUGCCAGACAAGAUGUGGGUGGGUGGGUCAGCAUCAGAGUGUGUUGAAAUCUAUUUGCAGAAUUAGUGUUUGUUAGUGGUACCCAUUUCCUAGAGGCCCCCAUCUUUCUCUCUUGAGUGCAGGAACGACGCCUUUUUCCACGUAUUUUGCAAAUCCUGCUGGGUGCGCAUCUGAUUGGGUGGGCGUUUCUCUUUAGUUCUUUCCCCCUUCCCUCCCCCCCCUUAUGAAGGUUGUGGUGGCAGGUUACCCGUAACCGUGCAGGAAGAUAACUGCUCCAGCAUAAUCGUGGAUCAAAGAACAGUUUGAAUGCAUCCCUUUAACCUCUUUUGGUGUUUAACUUAUUACCUGCUAAGGACACGAAAACCAUCUUUUUUUUUUUUUUUUUUUUUUUUCUUCCUUCCUUCAUGGCUGUUCUUAUGUGGGUGCUAAGUGAAUUCUCGUGUCUUUUGUUUUUUACGCAUCAUCUCAGAGGCCUCUUCGUGCACCUUGUUCAUUGCUCACGCUACUCGUACGAACAUUCCGGGCUGUACUGGCGGGGGGGAAGUGGCUGUUUUAUCUGCCCAUUUUAGAUUAAUUGGCACGUGAAGUGAAGCAAUAUCUGUAAGCCUAGUCUUAUCGUGUGUGAUUCUCUAGGUUUGGUUAUCCCCCGUUCUUUGUUUUCCGUAAGACACACUGGGAGACUUAUCCUCCCCCGGCUCUCUGCUGUUCCCAUUUUUAAAAGUAACGGUUUGUGAACUCUUGUGUGCUAGAAGUAUAUAACUCCACAUGGUACUGGCACCCGCACUGCUCGUCGUGUGUCGGCAUGGCUGGGCUCCUCCCAUUGCUUUGUUUCUGCGCUUUGUGAUGAAGGGCGAGUCAUCAGUUCAAUUUGUUCUGAGGACUGUGUGAUAGUUGCUGUAAUACAUUCCUCUUUCAAAGUGUCUGCUGUGUUCUUGGUUAUGAAGCACAGAAAAUUGUCUCCUGGUAGCGCCCUAGUGGAAAUGUAAAGCUUAUGUGAGUUAUAUUUAGAUGUACCAUUCUUUUUCCCGCAGUUAACAUUUGCCCUUGGGCUGCAUUUAACGACAUCUUUUGAAGGAAUAUUCACAAAGGUUGAAUUCUAUCUUGCAGUUACAUUCCUUCUCACUCAUUUGAUGUAGCACCCAUUGUAGGAAAGACAGUACAUAUUAUAAACUGCUUGACUGCAGCAAGAAACCUUCUGAUGUAACUACGUACCCAUAGUUUGUAGCUUAAAGAGAGAUAGUGACCAACCAAAUUUGUUAAGGACAUGCAGACUUGCUUGGUCCUUGUGACCACAGCUUAGUAGCGCAGUGUUCUGAUAGGACUGGCAGCAUUACUGAUAGGUGUCAUAAUUUAAAGAGGAGAAACAAAUGUGGCAACCUGUUUCUUUAGCAGCUAGCCAAACGUUUGCAGCAGCAAACUGUUCCACUACAAAGAAAACAUCUGAAGCGCUUGUGGAGGUUUUGUCGUCUGUGGCUGUCCGUUCUCUUUUCAGCACUUUGGUGGUCGUGUGCACCGAUACAGCGUUGUGCAGUAAUAAUUGUUCAUGAGCCAUUCACACAAUUUUGCAAGUCCCGCUGUCUGCAAGUAACAUAGUUACGUCCCUCUGUCCAUUUGCCUGCCCUCCCCCAUGUACUAGAACUUCUGUAUUACUUUAUAUCUCCUGGAUACUAUGGCAUUGUGUAAAUUGAGUAAUAAAAACAUUAAAACAUA